CGUCUAUGGUGGCUGGCAGAGCGAGCCAUGGAAUGGGUGCUAUUUUGCUAAAGGUACCUUUGACGCCUCCGCUCACACGCCGUACUGGAACCGCGUUUCCGUGGUCAUGGCGCAAAGCGGCAUGAGCUUCUACGUCAACGAUACGCUGGUACAAACCUUCGGCUCAGACAAGUGGUUCACGGGUGGAGUCCUGGACAAGAGCACUAACUUUCUAGCGCCAUUUGAUCAGCCGUUCUACUUGAUCCUCAACAUGGCAGUUGGCGGCAACUACCCCGCCGAGCAAACCGACGGACUGGUCAUAACUGACAGUAAACAUGCACCGUACAAGUUCCUGAUUGAUUGGGUGCGCGUGUACAGGUUGCCAUAACAGGUGUAGAGGUUGCCAUAACGG